AUGAGUUUAGACACUCUUAAUGGAAUUGAAUAUUUAGGGGCGCAUUUAAAAGUAUAUUUAAAUAUUAAACUAGUUUAAAGUUCCUGGCUACAGGGAGAAGGCAGAUGGUCAAAUAUAUUAUAGGAUUGUGUUGUAAUAUACAUUAGUUGAACCAUUUAAGAGAUCUGAUCUUGAAUACACAUACGACAAUUGUAUCGCCUUGUGCAAGACAUUGACUCUCCAAUGUCCUGAGUUGCCUCAAUUGCCUGGGAUAGGGAUGUUUGGAUUCAAGCCAAAUACUUUGGAUGCUGAAAAGAGAAGAGUGGAUUUAGAAAAAUGGUUGGGAGCCUUGAUCUGGCGAUGUGAUGUUUUGGGAAGCGAGAGCUUUUAUAAUUUCUGCGAAGUAAUUCUAUUCAAACAAUCAAAUAGUUAUCCCAAUUGCUCAAUAACAAAUGGCUAUUCCAACCAAAACCAUCUUUGAAAAUUCAUUACGGCCAUGCAUUUCCAAUCUCAGAUUUCCAUUAUGAAAUUGAUACCUAAUUGCUAUUCGUAUUGACUACGGAUGAUUCCAUUUCCAGUAAAAUGCAAGGAUUUAUGGGCAUCUUUGGUAAAUCCCUAAAGCCCUCAUUUCAUACACAAUUAAUCUGUUAUAGAUUGGAUGUCAAUAAAGAAGGCCAAGCCGUAGCACAAACCCUAUGGACUGUACAAUAUCAACAUAGAGGCACCAUGAUCAGAUGGGAAGAGAAAUUGACUAUUCUAGGGAUUGGAUUUGAUGAUGGUCACAUUGUUUGUUUGAGAAUAGCAACGAAUAAAUAAUAUUUAGAAUACUCUGAAUUUUGUACCAUACAUAAGCACACUCAAUCAGUUAAUGGAAUUGCUUUCAAUCAUUUGACAGGCCAUUGUUACAGCAUUGGCAGAGAUAAAUGUAUCAUCACUACAGAUCUUUAAAAUCCAAGCAGCAUUCUAAAAGGUACCAACAUUGACUUAUAAUAGAGAAGGAGUUUACGAAUGAAUUGACUUGCAUGACUACCAAUCAAUAUAGACUUUUUGUGGGUGACAACAUUGGAAGUAUAUAUAUAUUCUCCUUUGAAAAUGGCCCUUUACAUGCCAUCCAUUAGAUAAAAUAGGAUGCUACUAUGCAUCUAACUUCAAUCCAAUAUUGUCCUAUUAAAAACUAUUUAAUUUGUGGUAGCAAAGAGGGCUAUCUCAGUGUAUUUGAAAUUGGAAAACAAGGAAAGGAAAAGAAUUCCAAUCAAAUCACCUUGCUUAAGACUCUCCCUAACAAAGUUGUUCAAUUUUCUAUUAGUACAAAGGAAAUCUAUGUAAAUUAUGGAAAUUGCGUUGUUAUUUUAGAAUCAACCAAUAUGAAGUAUCUUUACUCACUAGAUGCUCAUGAUAAGGACAUAACCAAAAUCUAAUUGUUUGAUUCAGUUGGCUUGCUGAUGACAAGUAGUAAAGAUAACUCUAUUAAAUUCUGGUAAUAUAAGUUUUUCCCUCAUAUUUUAUUGAACAAUGCUAUCAUACCCUAUAGGAAGGAGCCUAUAACCGAAUAAAAGGUCUAAAUUAGAUAACAAGGAGGAGAAAAGAAUAAGUAAAUUUAAUAAGUGCAACAACAAAUGAAACCUGAAUUGGAAGACUUGGAUCAUUGGUAAUGA